AUGGCUUCGACUUCUGGUUUGUGUAGAAAUGGUGGGAAUACGUUCAACUUGAUAUUUACAAGGUCAAUGAGGAGGCAAAAGCCGAAGCAAGGGUAAGGUUUUGUUUUAUUUUCAUUUUUAGGCAAACUAAAAUUAACUUUGAAGUUCUUUUGUUGUUAAAAAGAAGUACUUUACUCCAAGUUUUAAGUUUGUUUACUCUUUUUUGUGUUGUUUAAGGAAUUAAUUCUUUUUUUGUUUUAGAAAACCUCCAGUUUUGCCCCCAUCGAAGACAGUGCGUUACCAUGUUGUUCAUGUGCCUUGGCAAAAGCCAGAAUACGUUGAAGAGUUGUUGUGGAGACGUCAUGUCUACAACAAUGCGAUGGUAUCUUUGAUAAAGGUAUUUAAAGAAGAGAUUAAGAUGAAAGAAGAGCAAGGAAUGGGUAUUGAGGCUUUAAAGGAGCAAGAACAAGUUGAACUUGAUGAAUUGAUCGCUCAGAACGAAGAAAGAAAUCGACAAGCUGCUGAGGAAAGGUGAGAUAAUUUUUUUUAUUGUUUUGAUUUUAGGCUUAGGAUUUUGGUAAUAAAAGCUGAUGAAUGAACCUAUGUUAUAGCAAACAUCAAAGACUUUUUGAUGAUGUUGUUAUAGCUAUAACUUUUUUGAAUAAAUAGCUGGAGUUUUGAAGUUUUGUGGAACUGUAGAUGAUUUAGUUGUUCAACUGACUGAAAUGAGCACGUUAUAAUAUUGUGGAUGUUUUCAGAAAAAUUCGUGAUUUACAGCGACAAGCUGAAGUAAAACAACUAAUUCUUGAAGAAGUAGAAGAAAAAUUGGAUGUAGAGUAUCAAGAUGCUGAAAUGAGAACAAAGGAGGUGUUGGCUAUGAUUGUAAGGAUUUGAUUUUUUUGUCUUUACGUUUAGUUUUGAAAACAGAGGUGCUUUAUGUAAUGGUAGAUGUGUAAAUCUUAAUCUGACAAAAUAAUUUACUUUUCUAAAUACUUAUUGACGUUAUUUUAUUAUCAACUUCAAAUUCUCAUUUCAGGACCGGUCAGCCAAUUUCGUUACGAAAGAAAACCUGGAACAACGAAUUUUGGACGCGCUGGAGAAGCCUACAGUAUUCGAUUACUGUAUAAACUUGAAGGGCGACAAGUACUAUGAUCCAGAACCAGUCAAAUAUCAGACUGGCACUCCAACAAGACAGAAGGGUCGAAUUUACGAUAGAACGUUAGGUUUCACUCAGCAAAUGAGGAGUGCUGAUGUUAGAGGUCGUAAACAUGAUGUUAAAGAUGGUGAUGUAAAAGAUGAAGAUGCUACUGUAACGGAUCAAGAAUCUGAUGUCAAGAGCAAAGAUGCUGUGGAGAAACAAAAAACAAAGGUUGAGGAAUCUUCGUAG